AAAAAAAAAAAAAAGAUAUUGCUAGUGACGUUUCAUAUCCCUUCUUCUGCUCUUGAUGAUCUGGACCUUGGCUAAGCCCAGAUGAACUAAAAUAAACCAAGAAACCAAAAGAAACUAAACAAUUGGUGGGGUUUUUUGCAGCACUUUGACUCGCUAAUUUCUUGGGCUGAAUCAGGUUCGCUGGACCACUUUGAGACGUCACAAGCGUUAGCACCACGCGAUUGAGUACAAUAUAAUGCGGGUUAUCUGUUGUUUGCUGACUUCUCUUCCCCUUUCUGGUAUUUCACGUAUUGCUUGCACCGUCAGAAUAUCAGCAUCUUUUUUUUUCGUUUUAUUCUUUUUGACCCCUUGAAAUAACUAAGUAGAUCCAUCAUCUUCUUCUUCCCAUAGGACGUGAGCCUGUCUUUGCUUUGACCGGUAUUGCGUACUAAGUAAAUAAAUCGUCAUGGCAGAGACAGCACCCCUCCCGCCGAGCGAGUCGAUCCACCAAGCUGGGGGCGGUCAACCUGCUGUCCAAGACGUUACUAUCAAGCAGAUAAGAACAUCUACAUUGCAAUACCUGGAGAAGAUUUACACCACAUAUGCCUCCCCCACCGAGAAACACUGGGUUAAGGACUCAAUUAUCGAAUUUUUGCAUCAUGUACAGGCCGAUAAGGUGACAGACUCUUCGGGCGAUAUCGCGACUCGGGACGCUGUCGACUUUGCUGGUUUUUUGCAUUAUAUGACAUCCUCCGCCUCCAACGUGUUGGCACCGGUAGUCUCAGACCCCCUGCAUUUAUCGUGGCCCUUGGCUAGCUACUUUAUCAGCUCUAGCCACAACACCUACCUAACUGGAAACCAGCUAAACAGCGAUUCCGAUGCGGAUGCGUACCGAAGUGUCUUGCUGCGCGGCUGUCGCUGUGUCGAGAUUGACGUCUGGGAUGGUGAUAAGUCGGAUGCCGAAACGUCGGAUAGCUCAGACAGUUCGGACAGUUCUGAUGAUGAUGAAACCCGAGAACUGAAAUCCAUAAGAAAGAAAAGCCGCAGCGAAAAGAUCGCCUCAAAACUCCCUGGAUCGUUGGCUAGCCGAUUCAGUAAGCGUCUUACGGGGAAGAACACUGCGGAUACUGGCUCUAAGACGGAAACAAAGGAAGGAGAUUCCAUUAUCGGAGCCCCUCUGCAGAAGACGCUGAGUCCGCAGGCAAUCGCAGUCGAACCCCGAGUUCUGCAUGGAUACACGCUUACCAAGGAAGUAUCCUUCCGCGAAGUUUGUGAGGCUAUCAGAGAGAAUGCCUUUGUUGUCACGGACCUACCACUUAUUGUCAGUCUCGAAGUUCACUGUUCUCAGGAGCAGCAGGAGGCGAUGGUCCGUAUCAUCAAUGAGGUCUGGGCCGGUUAUUUGUUGCCUCCACCAAAAGAAGACGCUAAGUUUCUCCCCGCGCCCGGCGAUUUACGCCACAAGAUCCUUGUAAAGGUCAAGUACGCGCCGCCUGACGCUACCACAUCGGCAGCCGAUGUGGAGUCCGAAGAUCGACUCCCGCCCGGCACCGCCUCAGAUCCGUCAUCGAAGACCACCACACAACAAAAGGUCAAAAAAGCCUCUAAGAUUAUUCAGGCAUUAUCGGCCCUGGGUGUUUAUACUCGAGGUGUAUCGUUUAAAUCCCUAUCCCAACCAGAAGCUACCAUGCCGACGCAUAUUUUCUCGCUAUCGGAAGGUGGUGUAGUUGAGGUCCACGAGAACGAAGCAGCAAAACUUUUUGAGCAUAACCGCGAGUACUUGAUGAGGACAUACCCAUCGGGCAUGCGUAUUGGGUCUUCUAACCUAGAUCCGGCCCCGUUCUGGAGGAAGGGUAUCCAGAUUGUGGCACUCAACUGGCAGAAGUGGGACGAAGGAAUGAUGCUUAACGAGGGUAUGUUUGCCGGCACCGGCGGAUAUGUGUUAAAGCCCGAAGGAUACCGCGGUCGGAAACCCGUAAUUGUCGACAAUGAAGUGAAGGUGGCACCCCCCCUUCCCGCAUCCGAGACUAUCCUACACCAGACACUUGACCUGAGCAUCACCGUUUUCGCGGCGCAAAACUUACCAUUGCCCGAGGACGACGACAAGGAGAGCAGAUUCAAGCCGUACGUCAAAAUCGAGCUACACGCAGAGCCGCCUCACGAGGAACAUCUCUCCGUAACAGGUACCGCCCCAGGUUCUACUUCAACAAGGGCUAAGGAAGGAGAGUACAAGGCCCGCACAAAGACCCAGCGCGGAAUUCACCCAGAUUUUAAGGCUGAGACGCUAGCCGUGGCUCAGGGCGUCUCUGGCGUUGUGCCGGAGCUAUCUUUCGUACGUUUCCUAAUCAAAGACGACGAAAUCGGCCGCGACGACUUAGCUGCUUGGGCUUGCAUUCGACUAGACCGGCUGCGCAGUGGAUACCGAUUCGUGCAUCUCUUUGAUAACGAGGGCCGCGAAAGCGAUGGUGUGCUCCUCGUCAAGGUUGACAAGAAACUUGCUUAGGCGGCAAGUUUCGAGUCUCGAAAAAGCAGAAUAGGGGAGGAGGCGGUACAUCGCCUGAUGAAAUGCCAGGUGAUGUAGAUUCGAUAUGAAUAGGAUUUUUUGUGUAUAAAGCGACCUGUUGUCAUAGCAUUGGAGGACGAGCAUAGUUAGCAAGCGAGAAUGUAAUUGGCCCAAGGGCUAAAGAAGAAUCUGAG